AUGCAUUCACUAUCAGCUGGUUCUACUUCAUCAAAAGUGAGUGUUGUCGCUCCCUCUGAGAGCCAAAAACAAACUGCAUCGGCGGAGGAGAGGGUAUUUGGAACAGGGCUGUUUGACACCUCUCGGGGUACUAUCGGGGGAGAAGGAAAUGCAAAAUUCUCGUGCGGUCUUCUGUUAUGUGCGUUUAUCGUUGUCAUAUCGUCUGGAGCAAUCUUCUUUCUUGUUUGUAACGUGUACGUGCAAUGGAGAUCAAUGGAUCUUGCAAACAAGCAGAAGGCGUUGGCUAAAAUGGGGUACAUCUUAUUGAGCAUAAUAGCAUCUUUAAUGAUUUUUCAAGGCACGGUAAUUGCGGUGUCAAGGCUUAGAUCGCAUUCUUUCCGAAGUAGGUCACCGAAAGGACGCUCCUACCAAAAGUUACAAUCUACAGAGGAAGACUUCGAAAUGGACGUUCUGUAA